AUGGAAUCUAUCCGCACGUGGUUUUCUAGUAUUUCCUCGAUGCCUAUUUAUCGAAUGGACAAAAGACGGAGCUCUGUACCCAAUGAAGCGCUUGAAGAACUGUAUCGACUCCUUCCCGAUGGCACUUUGAAGAGGUCUUUACUAACGCAAGGAUCACAUGCAAAGGUCGUUCUCAUCACUUACACCAUAGCGGUGCAAUUUUAA